AUGGCACUGGGGGUGCUCGGCGGAACCGACAUGGAGCAAGAGGGGCUGCCGCGGAGGCCUUCGGAGGGCGAAGGGGAGGCGGCGGCGGCGGCAGGGGAGGCGGCGGAGCCCGGGCCCCAGCCGGGCAGCGGGCGGCGGCGGCCCUCCGCGUACCUGGCGGUCCGCAGCGCUGUCUCCUCCCUGUUCUACAUCGAUGACUUCUACUGCGAGAAGAUCGGCGCCGGCUUCUUCUCCGAGGUCUACAAGGUACAGCACCGCCAGUCGGGGCAGAUCAUGGCACUGAAGAUGAACAAGCUGGCCAGCAACCAGGGCAACAUGCUGCGGGAAGUGCAGCUGAUGAACCGCCUGUCACACCCCAACAUCCUCAGGUUCAUAGGUGUGUGUGUUUACCAGGGACAGCUGCAUGCACUGACAGAGUACAUCAAUGGUGGAAACCUGGAGCAGCUGCUGGAUAGCCCUGUUUCCCUCCCCUGGUCCCUGCGUGUCAAGUUGGCCUUCAACAUAGCCCAUGGCCUGUACUACCUGCACUCCAGGGGCAUCUUCCACCGCGACCUCACCUCCAAGAACUGCUUGGUGCGCUGUGAGACCAAUGGCUACACAGCUGUAGUGGGUGAUUUUGGCUUGGCAGAGAAGAUCCCUACUUACAGCAAGGACAGCAAGAAUGAGCCGCUGGCUGUGGUGGGCUCGCCAUAUUGGAUGGCGCCUGAGGUGCUGCGAGGGGACUUCUACAACGAGAAGGCCGAUGUGUUCGCAUAUGGCAUUGUCCUGUGUGAGACCAUUGCUCGCAUCCCUGCUGACCCUGACUACCUGCCCCGCACUGAGGAUUUUGGUCUGGAUGUCACCACAUUCCGCACCAUGGUGGAAAUCGAUUGCCCAAUGACCUUCCUCCACCUUGCUUUCCAUUGCUGCAGUGUAGAUCCAACCUCACGCCCCUCGUUCCUGGAAAUCACAAAGUGCCUGGAGGACAUCCUGCAGCACCAGAUGAACACUGAAAGAGCCAGGACUAUCCUUUACAGUGGUGGGAGGAGCCCGUCCACGCCUGGGAUGACAGACAUACUCAGUGGGGCUGCCAGGAUGCCAGAUGGCCAUGCCAGACACUCGCCCUUGCACGAGCUGGGGAUGCAGCACCCGCAGCUGGACCAGACCAUCUCCUGCAGCCACUGUGACACACCUCCCUUCAACUUACCCUCCCCGCUGCUGGAGCCUGACAGUGGGACCAGGAUCAAGGAGGCAUCACCCCGUGUCAACCCCUUCUCCCAGCGUGAGGACCUGAAGUGGGGGAAGAUCAAGCUCUUUGACACACCAAGCAAGUCAGUCAUGUCACUCACUUUCAACCUGCCAGCCCCUAUCCUGUUCCAGUUCAACAGCCCCGUGUCACCUGACCCUGCCAUGGAGGUGCAAAAUGACUUCUCAGGCCCUGCUGCCAACCCCCACGAGAGCCAUUCUCUGCCUGCCUCCCCGGAGGUGCUCCACCAGGAGACCCUGGAGCUGGUUAUAGGGUCCCCUAAUCUGACCAACAACUCCCAAACCCGUGUCCUCUUUCCUUGCCCAGCUGGGGGAGAAGCCUCUACCUUGAGCCCUAGGGCAGAGGAGCAGAUGCAGUGUGGCUCUGGCACUUCCACGCUGUCACAGUCCCCUUCCUCAGACCUUGACAGAGUCUUCAUCCACACAACAUCCUCGGGCACCCAGGAUUGGCAGCUAGAAUCACACACCUCCAGUGUGUCGUUCAACAACAGCAGUGUGAUAGCCAGCACCCCCCUGCACUGGGGCAGUGGCCUGCAGUACAGCUUCUCUGAGCUCUGCAGUAUGUGCACAUCAACAGCAGAGCAGACAGAGCAUGGAGCCAUGCUCUGCAGCUCCAGCAGUGCACUGGAGCAGGACAAGCUCCUGCCCUGUCCUUCUUGCUGCUUCAGUCCCUUCACUUUUGCCUCUGCCUGCCACGAGCCAGCACCCAGCCCACCCCACAACCAGAACCUCAACUGUGAGGCCAAGAGCCUUCUUUGCCAAGACCCAAGUGACCACUCAAAAGCCCUAGAGCUCGAGCUGGCAGAGUCUGGCCUGGAGCUACCAGAGCCUAGUCCUGAGGACCCCUAGAGAAUGGGUCUUUGUCCAGCCACCUUUUGGCUCCCUCUCUAGCUGCAGCACUGGGUCUUGUCAUUCACUCUGCUCUUGGUGGCUGCCUGUGGUCACAGUGCCCCAAGCCUUGGUCACCAUGGUGCUGUCCAGGCACCUGGGCACUCUUCCCACGAGGAUCAUCCUCGGGGCUUUGUGGGGAUCUUGCAGGGACUGUAUGGGUCCCUGCCAGGGACUGAAAUGCAAUAACACUCCUUCCUUGAGCACACUCCAGCACUGCCCUGGGUGGUAGGGCUGGUCCCCUUCAGGGCACCCUGGGCUCAAACACUGGAUGCAGGACCCCCUUUCUCCAAGGGCUCCCUCUUCUGUAAUCUCUUGGAGAGGGGUGUGCAAUGAGCCUGCUCACCUGGGAUAAUCCAG